AAAGCAUUUGUCAGUCAACCAAGCCAGUUGUGUGUUUUAUAUGUGUCGUAAACAAACAAAGUUUAUAUACAAUUUUUUUGCAACGAAUUUUCGAAAAAAAAUCGGGCUCCAAAAGUGUGUUUUAAUUCGAAUUCAGUAAAAAUUCGCCAACAGUAUACUGAAAAAGAAAAAAGAGUUGGAGAAAAUUGUUUGAAUUGAAUGUAAAAAAAAAGAGUAACAAAUGGCGAAAGUGAAAAAAGACACGGUUUCACCGAAAAAGAGAGGUCGUGAAGUAAUCAAAAAUGCGGAACCAUCUACAUCGAAAACGACAGAAAAACGAAGCAGAUCGAAAUCAAACGCAUCGAAAAAAGCAACUUCAACAGUGGCGUCAGAUGCAGAAAUUCAUUCAGGGAUUUCAAGCAGAUCGAAAUCAAACGCAUCGAAAAAGGCAACUUCAACUGUGGCGUCAGAUGCAGAAAUCGAUUCAGGGAUUUCAAGUCCAGAGAAAUCAAGACGAACAUCUCGAAAGGAUCGAUCGUCGGCUGCUUCAACAAUUUCGAGAAUUAGCAACAAAUCAAAAGCAUCAAUUGCGAAAUCACAAAACAAAAAGUUGAGCGAUAUCACAUGGCUGAAAGGAUUGAUUCAGGGCGAAAUACAAUCCCAACAUAAGGUGCAACGCACAAAAUCUGGCAUCGUGGUUCGUUAUCCAAGUUCCCUUCAACAUCGAGUAGAGGACAAAAUCGAAUAUGUAACGUAUCCGUGGUGUAACAAAAAAUGUAGUGGCUACGUGAAGAUCGCACCGGGACUUGAGAAAAUAACUAAGAGAACUGGGACAACAAUGAUAUUUUUGAUUCUAAUGGGGAAAAUACUGUUGUUGAGUGGAGAAAAGAGCACCGAGUUCAAAUCUGGGACAUUAAUCACAAUUCCAAAAGGUGCCAGAUACGGAUUGAGGAACAAAAGUAAAGAGACGUGUUUUUUGCGAUUCCAAUCGAUAUGUGAUUAAUACAGUGCCGAAUAAAAGAAUACCAGUUGAUUACCGAGUACCCGAACAGAGAAAUUAUUGAUUAAUUCAUCACAAUGUUCAAAUGUUAAGUUUGAUGUGAAACAAACAUAAAAAAAAAAUAAUUUCAUGAAUAAUAAUCAUUUAGUGUUGUGUUAAGUGAAGUAUUACCUCACUGAAGUAAUGCUGCGUUAUGCAUGCCUUUACUGUUGAUUGACAACCACAUAGCUUUAACGACGGUUGAAAGUUCGCCGCGAAUUUGCUAAUAAUUCCAUUUUCGCCCUAUCUAUGACGUUUUCCAUUUCGCUUGUUAUUCUUGCUCUUAUAUUUUCUCAUAUGUUUUCAUUUCAUUUUGAGUGAGUUGAAUUUAAACUUAAAUUUAAAUUGAAUUUGAAGGAAAAAACAAUUUUGCCAUGCAAUUAAAUUAGUUUUAGAAUGAAUUUCGUGUAUUUCCAUGUGUAUUUAGGGAUAAAAAUAAAAAAAAAAUAUUUGAAAAAAACUAAAACUUCAAA